AUGGCUCAAGCAGGACCAGCAGCUGCAAACAUGCCGGCUCUCACUCCGCAACAUCGCCUUCAUCUUCGCCAGCUUUUGUCUUGGUAUCAGGAUCAGAACAUUCCGGCGCCCGUCAAAAGCAUCAUGUCCCACGAGCAGUUCUUCGAUGCUCACUGGCUCUUGGGCGAUGGGGAUUUUCCGUACGAUCCCGAUCACAACCAGGCCGUCCCACCAUCCUUCGACAUCACCGGAAGUCAACAGCAACAACAUGUCUACAAGGGUUUCGUGUACAAGUGCGCCGACUUGGCACUUUGUCUCUUAAUGACACCCAGAAGCCGCGGAGAGCUUGAAUCUCUUAUCAAGGACAUCGUCGGUCACUGGAAUCGGCUUGGACAGGCUCACAUUUACCCUCAUGACUUCCAGACUCCUCAGGAUGACAGAAAGCAUGCGGAGUUUGUCAUUUCAUUUCUUCAAAAGCUAAACCACCUCUUUCCACAAAUUGUUGUUGACACCAACGAGAAGCUGGGUGGAUCCGAAGCCGAGACAACUCGUCUGCAGUGGCUAUUACAAGGGAUGAAUUGGCGAGACUACAACCCCCAGAACGCAUGCACAAUUGCAGUCAACGAAAUGAUGAUCUUUGCCGCGAGAGAUGCCGGUCGAGCUGCAAUGAACCCUCGGAUUGCCCACUCCACGCGCCAGAUUGCUUUGACGAAUUGGGUCAACCUCAUGUUCAUCAUGACCAUUGGCAUGGCACAUGAGUACGUCCAUUGCAUCGUUGGUGCUAUGAGAGCCGGAAUAUCGCCCAGUACGCCUCUGCGGGUUCACUUCGAUUUGGAUGAAAUGAAGGCGAAAGACGAGGAAAACCUCUUGCCAGUUGAGGCGGCCUGGAUGAACGCUCCGGACUUGGAUCAUAUACCUCCAGGGUUUGAGCAGGAAUUGACUGGCGAAUCCGGCUUCGCAUGGGAAGCACGUGUUCUUGGAGGAAGGGUCGUGAACUGCUCGGCUUACUUUUUAGGCAGUAGUUUAGAAAGAAAGAGGCUCGUUGUUCAUGAAACGUACUAUUCGCCGCGAAAGGACUUGGCUGGCUUAUUAGGUUUGCAUGUGCGUUGGUACAACUCCACGGGCAAGGAGGCCUAUUUGCGAGUGCUCCUCAUGAUUGCAGACCAGCUAUGCACACCAUCACAGGUGGCCUUUGCGUUAACCUGCAAGUACUUUUUUACAACACUCUGCCCAACUCACCAAUUCCCACCACCAAACAUGGACGAUCUACUUGCUAUUCUCCUACUAUUAGGGAGAGAUAUGCCGAAAUGGUUCCUAUGCUUUGGGUGCAAACGGCUGCUGCCCUUGAAGCAAAAUAACGAGGGUAAUCUGCAAGGACAGCUUCACACAAACUGUGAUUCCAAGCUUCAAAUUGUCCGCGAGUUCCUUCAUCAACGCCCAAUAAGGCGGCGUCCUAUUGGAAGCUGCCGCGGAGUUAAUUCUCUUCAUCGCUGGAUCGAGAGCCUAAGUCUUGUGACUUGGAGACCAGCGGUUAAUGGGCUGGAACGUGGUGUUCCUGAAAUCACCUUCACCGAGGGCCAUCUUAUCAUGAACCGGCAUUUUUACGGAACAGCUCAUGGAUUACCUACUCAACAUCUCGAAAGCAUAUUUGAGUUCGAAAGAUCUAUCCCCUUAGACAAUGGAGAGAUCAAAACACGCCACUUCCCGCUUGACGCCUAUCUCCGUAGCAAGAGAUACAACUUGCGGCCGCUACGUCAAAACACAUUACAAGCUGCCACACGUUGGACAUUUACCCACGAAACCUCUGCGAAGGUGCUAGAUGACGAACUGUAUAUUUGCCGUCAUCAUGAUAUAAACGGGCCUCCGUGCUGCACGACCGACUUCUCUAGGGUUAUUGAUAGUCUCGAGCUCCCCGUGUGUCGACACAUUCUUGGCUCCAGCAAGAUGCCUAGUCUGCGUUUCUGGGAACAAGGCAACACUUGCAUCCCCGAGCUCCAAAGCAUACGGAUAUCUGCAACCGAGCCUCAAUUGGAUGUACAUCCGGACAACGGAGUCGGCUCAUGUAGGAGGUGCUUUACCGACUAUGAAAUCGCCAUUGAAAGAGGCGGGGACCAGAGAAAAUGGAGUUUGAAGCUCACCACCUAUCACAAGCUUGGAAGUUUCCGCACGCUCAAAGAUGACGCCUGGCUUGGGCUGAUACAAACCACCCGUCCAAGAAUUCUUCCGGAAUUCCAUGGAAAGGCUCCUGCAGGAGGAGUUCGCAAAAAAUGGCUCCAAGACCGGGGGAAAACCUCAACAGCAGCAGGAGAGCGCAGCAAUUCGGAAACCAGCACACAUGCUGGCCCACUCCCAAGUUGGCUUUCUUCUUUUAGUUUUAUGGUUAAACGGCGCUAUUCUCGCUUUGAUGGCCCGAGUUUUGAUUCAUGGCUGGCAUAUCGCAAAGCUGUCGUCAUGUGCUAUUCGGGUCAGGGUGAGGAGGGCAGACCAGGCUCAGUUACUUAUCGUGGAACAAAAUCCGUAGGGGAGAUUUUAGACUAA